AUGAACAACAUAAUUGUUAUAGUGUUAAUUAGUUGUGUGGCUUUGGCCCAAUGCAAUCGAGAGCCUCGAUUCGCGCCAUACAUAUUCCUAUCAAAGUCAUUGGACUUCAAACUCGUUGAAUUUCACAAACAACAUGGUAUUAACGCAUUUUCUCUGGCAUUUGCUCUAUCUGACAAUGGUGCCUGUAAACCUUCAUGGUUUGACAACGUGCCCAUUGAUGACCCGACUAUUGUCAAAGAGAUUCAGGCGUUUAGAGCACUCGGCGGUCAACUGAUUGUGUCGACCGGAGGGGCCGGUGGGCUGUAUCUGGAAAACUGGUGUCAUUCGGUCCAAGAGCUGACCGCAGCCUAUAAACAGGUACUGUCUGUGACGGGCGCUACCGGUUUGGAUGUGGACGUAGAGGUGUCCUUACCUUUGGAUGUAGUGAUGGGAGCUCUGGUCGCCAUUCAGAAGGAAAAUCCCGCGAUUACCGUUAGCUUCACUGUUCCCACUCAGGGCGACGACUACGGUAUGAACGACCCGUACGGCGUGGAUGUGCUGAAGAGUGCGGCCGCACACGGCGUAAACGUAGAUGUAGUUAAUGUAAUGGUAAUGGACUUCAAGACCAGCAAACCCGGGCGCUCCUAUGGCGAGGCCAUCACUAAAGUGGGCGAGUUUUCUGUCCAACAAAUGGCCAAAAUAUGGCCACAAAAGUCCGAGAUUGAGCUGUACGGCAUGCUUGGACUGACCCCGAUGCUCGGGCUUAACAAUAACCAGGAACAUUUUAUGCAGAGCGAUGCCCAGGCGGUGGUGGCAUUUGCCAAACAGAAACAGAUAGGUCAUUUGGGUUUCUGGUCAAUUAAUCGUGAUAAACAGUGCCGUAAGGUUAGCCCCAAGUUUAACGGUAACAGGGUGGAGCCCGACCCAGAUUGUUCCAAUGUACAGCAACAGGCGUUUGAAUUCACCGACAUAUUCAAUACCAUUUUCCAAUAA